UAAAAAGUAUAUAAUAGACAAUAUCUGUGAAACGUAAUAGAUUAAAAAAAUAGUGUAUAAAUGUGAAUUUUCCACGUUUGUUGCUUUUGUAUUAAAUAAUAAACAAAACGAAAUGCCUACACCAGACAAAAUAUUGAUGAGGAAAAUUAAAAAAAGGGAGAAGAAAAAAGCUAAACUUACAAGUCUUAAAUCAAACAAUGUGGCCAACCAUGUUACAGAAGCAGAACCGUCUGAAGAGAAAAAGCGCCCACUUGAGACAAAUGAAACAAAUGAAAAACCUAUUCCUAAAAAAAAACGAAAAAAAGGAAAAGUUGAAAUUAAGAAAGAAGUGGAACCAGAGAGUGAUAAUACAGAUGUAGGUAGUGACCAGGAGGAUUCUGAUAAUGAAAUUCAAAGUAAACCUGACAAUGAAGACAAUCAAUUACCUGGUUCUAGUUUGUGUCUCGGCAUACUAUCAGAUCAGAAAUUUUCCUCUUUGGAGAGCAAAGUUUGUGAAGCCACACUUAUGGGUAUUAGAGAUAUGGGCUUCACCACUAUGACAGAAAUUCAAGCAAAGGCAAUUCCACCAUUGCUCGAAGGGCGAGAUCUGGUUGGUGCAGCAAGAACAGGAUCAGGGAAAACACUUGCCUUCCUCAUACCUGCUAUUGAUUUAAUUUAUAAACUCAAGUUUAAGCCCAGAAAUGGUACGGGCGUGAUUAUACUCUCUCCUACAAGAGAGUUGUCAAUGCAGACAUUUGGAGUGUUGAUGGAAUUAAUGAAACACCACCAUCAUACUUAUGGUUUGGUGAUGGGUGGUGCUAAUAGAAGUACAGAAGCUCAGAAAUUAUCAAAAGGUAUCAACAUUUUAGUAGCAACUCCAGGUCGACUGCUAGACCAUUUGCAGAACACACCAGAUUUUCUAUACAAAAACCUUCAAUGCCUUGUCAUUGACGAAGCUGAUAGGAUAUUGGAAAUUGGUUUUGAAGAGGAAGUUAAACAAAUCAUCAAGUUAUUGCCAAAACGACGUCAAACAAUGUUGUUCAGUGCAACACAAACUAAGAAGACAGAAGCGUUGACUGCUCUUGCUGUGAAACAUGAACCAGUGUAUGUUGGUGUUGAUGACCACAGGGAACAAGCCACUGUUGAUUCAUUGGAGCAAGGGUAUAUUGUGUGUCCAUCAGAAAAACGAAUGAUGGUUCUCUUCACAUUCCUAAAAAAGAACAGGAAGAAGAAAGUUAUGGUCUUUCUUUCAACUUGCAUGUCAGUUAAAUACCAUCAUGAAUUAUUUAACUAUAUUGAUCUACCUGUAAUGUCUAUACAUGGUAAACAACAACAAACAAAGCGCACGACAACAUUCUUUCAAUUCUGCAAUGCAGAAUCUGGAAUACUACUAUGCACUGAUGUAGCCGCUCGAGGGCUUGAUAUUCCUGCUGUUGAUUGGAUUGUACAAUAUGACCCACCAGAUGAUCCGAAGGAAUACAUCCAUAGAGUUGGGAGAACAGCCAGAGGCCUCGGAACUAGCGGUCAUGCUUUACUAUUCUUACGUCCUGAAGAACUCGGCUUCCUGCGUUAUUUGAAACAAUCAAAAGUUACACUUAACGAGUUUGAAUUCUCUUGGAACAAAGUGGCUGAUAUACAACUACAGUUGGAGAAAUUAAUAUCAAGAAAUUACUUCCUGAAUCAGUCCGCGAAAGAAGCGUUCAAGAGUUAUUUAAGGGCUUAUGACUCGCACCACCUCAAGACAAUAUUCGACAUUGACACAAUUGAUUUGGCAAAGGUCUCAAAAUCCUUUGGUUUCACAGUACCACCAGCUGUAGAACUGAAGGUAGCUAAUAAAGGUCCACCAUCGAAAAGGAAAGGUGGCGGUGGUUACGGAUACUUCAAAUCCCUCAACGCUCCGAACAAUCAUAAAAAGAAAGCAGAAAAAACAAAAAUUUAUAGGCAAAAGGGUGGGAAUCAACGUUCUAUAAGUUGAAUUUAUGUUAUUGAAUAAAACAUUAAUUUAAUAAUUUG